AUGUUAUUACCACCUUAUUGGACAUCUAUUGAAAAUUCAUCAUCAUCAUUUAAUGAUAUUAUGUUAUCAACAGCAACAACAUCGAAUCAACAUCAUCAACCAAAUUUUUGGUUUUCUAAUAAUCAUUUACCAUCAUUUUUUUCAUCAUCAACAACAGGAAAUGGAGGAAUAGAUAAACAUUCUUAUAUACAACAGACAACACCAAUAAAUAAAAAUCUUUUUGAUACAAAUCCAUGUAGUUCAAAUUCAACACAUUCACCACCAUUAACAAAUGAUUUUCUUCUUACACGUUCAAAUCCAGCAGCUUCAUUAAAUUUAACACAAUUUAAUUAUAUUCAACAAAAUCAUCAUCAUCAUUUAUCAUCAAAUAAUUUUCUUCAACGAGAUGAUUGGUCACAAAUACCAAUGACACAAACAACAAAUUCUUCAACUUCUGCUGCUGCUCUAUGGGCAAAAGGUGUUCCGAUUGAUAAUUCUCAAAUAGCACAUUAUUCUGAUAUUGUUAAUGGUAAUGAAUCCAUAAAAGAUGCUAAACGUAAAAGUAGUCGACCGACAUUUACUGGUCAUCAAAUAUUUGCAUUAGAAAAAAUGUUUGAAAAUACAAAAUAUUUAGCUGGAACAGAACGUUCAAGAUUAGCAUCUCAAUUAGCUAUGAGUGAAGCACAAGUGAAAGUUUGGUUUCAAAAUAGACGUACAAAAUGGCGAAAAAAACAUGCUCCUGAAAUUCAUGCAGCAACUGGUAGUAAAAGAACAAAACAACGAAAUGAUGGAUCAAUACCUAAUCUAGAAUCGGAUUCGAGUUUAACUUAA